UCUUCUUCUUCUUCUUCAUCCUCUACUUCUUCUUCUUCUUCAUCAUCCUCUACUUCUUCUUCUUCUUCAUCAUCCUCUACUUCUUCUUCUUCAUCCUCUACUUCUUCUUCUUCAUCUUCUUCUUCCUCUGCUUCUUCUUCUUCUUCCUCUGCUUCUUCUUCUUCAUCCUCUGCUUCUUCUUCUUCAUCCUCUGCUUCUUCUUCUGCUGCUUCUUCUUCUUCAUCCUCUACUUCUUCUUCUUCUUCAUCCUCUGCUUCUUCUUCUUCUUCAUCCUCUGCUUCUUCUUCUUUAUCUUCUUCUUCUUCAUCCUCUACUUCUUCUUCAUCCUCUGCUUCUUCUUCUUCUGCUGCUUCUUCUUCCUCUGCUUCUUCUUCUUCUGCUGCUUCUUCUUCCUCUGCUUCUUCUUCUUCAUCCUCUGCUUCUUCUUCUUCAUCCUCUGCUUCUUCUUCUUCUUCUUCAUCCUCUACUUCUUCUUCUUCUUCAUCCUCUACUUCUUCUUCUUCUUCAUCCUCUGCUUCUUCUUCUUCAUCCUCUACUUCUUCUUCUUCUUCAUCCUCUACUUCUUCUUCAUCUUCUUCAUCCUCUGCUUCUUCUUCUUCAUCCUCUGCUUCUUCUUCUUCAUCCUCUGCUUCUUCUUCUUCAUCCUCUACUUCUUCUUCUUCAUCAUCCUCUGCUUCUUCUUCAUCAUCCUCUGCUUCUUCUUCUUCAUCCUCUGCUUCUUCUUCUUCUUCUGCUUCUUCUUCUUCCUCUGCUUCUUCUUCUUCAUCCUCUGCUUCUUCUUCUUCAUCCUCUGCUUCUUCUUCCUCUGCUUCUUCUUCUUCUGCUGCUUCUUCUUCCUCUGCUUCUUCUUCUUCUUCUCCUGCUUCUUCUUCUUCAUCCUCUGCUUCUUCUUCUUCAUCCUCUGCUUCUUCUUCUUCAUCCUCU